GCCGGGAGCACGCGGAGAUGAUCGGAACACACGAGCUGCCACAUGAAGGUGGAGGAAGUGUCAACCAGCUCGGAGGGAUGUUUCUCAACGGCAGACCUCUCCCAGAAUCCAAGAGGAGGAAGAUUAUUGAACUGGCCACGGAGGGAGUCCGGCCGAACCAGAUCUCCAGGAUACUUCGAGUGUCCAGCGGGUGCGUCAGUAAGAUUCUGAGUCGCUACCGCCGCACUGGACUCCUGCAGCCCAAAACCAUUGGAGGCAGCCGGCCUCGGCUUCUCACCUCCGGCGUCAUCUCCACAAUCAUCCAGUGCAAAAGAGAAGAUCCAACCAUUUUCGCUUGGGAGAUUCGAAAACGGCUCGCAGCGGCACGGAUAUUCAACUCCUCCAAGGUCCCCAGCGUGUCGUCCAUAAAUCGGAUUCUCAGAAAGCUUCACUUGGACCACGGGCCGAUGUGCAUGGAGAUCAAGGCGCACAGCAGGACUAAGCAGGAUUUAGAUGCUCUGAUCCAAGAAGAGGUGAAAGGGGGAAAGAUGUCUGAGAUGGUAUGCAGUGAUGACCGGCAGCUUAAAGGCGUCCAGCACCGAAACCGCACCACCUUCACCCAGGAGCAGAGCUCAGCCCUCGAGCAAGAGUUCUCCCACAGCCACUAUGCAGAUUUGUACACCAGAGAAAAAUUGGCAGCCGAGAUCAAACUUCCUGAGGACACCAUCAAGGUCUGGUUUUCAAACAGACGGGCUAAAUUGAGGAGGGAAGCCAAACACAGGAGUGGCUCUCAGAGUAAGUGUGUGUGUGUUUGUGUGUGCUUUUUCUGAACUCUUUGAAGUUUGGGAACAUAAUCGGCAUCUUUUAUUCCUUCAAUGUGUCCUACAGGUAUGAGCACUUCUGCAAAUGUGUCAUCCAUCUCAGUCCAAUCCUCGUUCCUCCAUCAGCCUCAUGACGUGAUGUUCCAGACCGUAACAGACAAGACUCCACUUGAUCACCACAGAGAUAGAUUCCCUUUCCCUUUGCUUCACCAUCACACAGACACAAGGACAUCCCUCCCUGAGACAAUAAGAACGGGGUGCCCAGUGACUCAGUGCUGGGACCAACAGGGCCUUUCUUUUAGGUGGGGCCCGCUUCAAACCGACGAGAGGUUUGUAUUCGGGCCGCAGCCCUGGGAUGUGAAUCCUCAUCGCUACCUGGACUGA